UAUUGCCUCUGAAGCUCUUCUGAGUGAUAAGAAGCUGAUCAUGUCUGACUGUAAAGGUUAUCAAUAUGAGCCCGAGUAUAAUGAAGAGGAAUUAUUGGCAGCUUCAACUGAAAACAAUAGUGAUUUGGGAAUGAUUGAAGAAAAUGACAGAGGAAAUGAUAAAAAUUGGUGCUCUUGUGGACAUUGUGACAUUCUCCCGAGUCGUAGAGAAUGUGUAUGUUGUCAGGAGUUUGAGCAUUAUGCUGAAAAUUACAUUUCUUCUCAAUGUCCAUGCAUUUCACAGCAUAGUGACUUUGAAAUGGUGAGUCUAAAUAGAACAGUUUUGGAAACAGCCUAUGUUGCAUUUAUGCGAUACAAAAGGAAAAGAGGACCGGCUCCCCAAGUUUUGACAAACAGGCAAUCAAGGCUUAUGGCAUACAGGCAAUUUAUUUGUUUUGUGAGGAGGGGACAGCCAUUAGGGAGAAAGAAUAGAGUGGUGUUACCUGCUUGUGUCGUCAUUAAGAUAAGAAAAACAUUCCCAGAUGAUGCGUAUGAAGGUUUCCAUAGCGAAUCAUCAAGUUCUGAUUCAGACUGAAUAAAAUGUUAUCACCUUGA